AGAGAGAGGGAGGGAGGAGAGAGAGAGAGAGAGAGAGAGAGAGAGAGAGAGAGAGAGAGAGAGAGAGAGAGACUGAGAGAGACACUGAGAGACUGACAGUGACACUGACACCGUCCCUGCCACAGCCACAGAGCACGCACAGCGCUUCCCGGGUGCCCCGGGGUCUCGGCGUCCAUCUGGCUUUCUGCAGCAGUGCCGCGGCUUUCCUCAGCCCCACUGCUCAUGGAGAAAGUGCCGGGCGAGAUGGAGAUUGAGCGGAGGGAGCGGAGCGAGGAGCUGUCCGAGCCGGAGAGGAAGGCGGUUCAGGAUACGUGGGCCCGGCUAUAUGCCAACUGCGAGGACGUGGGGGUGGCCAUCCUGGUGAGGUUCUUUGUGAACUUUCCCUCUGCCAAACAGUAUUUCAGUCAGUUCCAGCACCUGGAAGAGCCGCUGGAGAUGGAACGAAGCCCCCAGUUGCGCAAGCAUGCCUGUCGGGUGAUGGGAGCCCUCAACACUGUGGUAGAAAAUCUGCACGACCCCGACAAGGUGUCCUCUGUGUUGGCACUGGUGGGCAAAGCCCAUGCUCUAAAGCACAAGGUGGAGCCUGUCUACUUCAAGAUCCUCUCUGGAGUCAUUCUGGAGGUGAUCGCUGAGGAGUUUGCUGAUGACUUCCCAUCUGAGACGCAGAGAGCCUGGUCCAAGUUGCGUAGCCUCAUCUACAGCCACGUGACUGCUGCCUACAAGGAAGUGGGCUGGGUGCAGCAGCUCCCCACCACCAACAUUCCACCGGCCACGCUGCCCUCUUCUAGGUCAUAGUGUCCCACUCCCUGGCAGCACCUUGAACAGAAGGCCAAGCUCCAAAGACCAACUUGUCCCUUCGUACCUGGGUGCUGAGGAAGCUAGAAGAAUGGAAAUCAUCUCCAGAGAGCAAGGCUGCCGCUGUGGCUGCCCCGAGAGCUGCUGGGAGAUGGCCCUGGCCAUCUGGAUGCUGAGUGUAGCUCUGGGGCCCACCUGGUGGGGGCUGAUGGGGAGGGUGGUAGGGGACCUCCCUACAGAGCUGGACCCACUAUUUGUAGCUUUUCUAUCCACUGUUAGAGAGAGACCAGGCUGAGGGGCUGGCGGACAGGCAGGGCAGGCUUUGUUAACUCUCGCCAAGAAUAAACCAGCCACUGUUUCUAUCUGCCCGACCAGCAUGCAGGUCUCAACAUGACAUAUCUAUAGUAUCAUACACGCACAUCUACCGCAUAUAAAAAUAUAUUAUAUAUACAUUAUAUAUAUAUAUAUAUAUAUUUAUAUAUAACCUGUACCUGCAGCUGCAGGCCCUUGGGCCUAGGGGCACAUACUAAAGCCUCUGUUUCUUUUUUUUUUUUCUGUCCAUAUAUGUGUCCUGAGGGGAGAGGUUUGUGGCCAGGCUCAGGGGAGGAAGAUAGCUAUAGAGAAAAGUUCCAUGGAAGUGGGGGGAGGCUAAAUUAGCACAGAAAAGCAUAUAGGGCUCAUUACCCUCAAGAAGGUGAGAUAAGCUCAAGCCCAUUUCAAAGAUGGAAGAAGUGAAAUAUUAGAAGCAGCCUCAUCUUUGGGAUGAAAGCAAGGAAAGUGACAGCUCGCCCUGAACGUGAUCCCCACCUCCUUCUUUUGCACCUUCAUGCAUAAACAAAACUCUCCAAUAAGGGCUUGGCAGCUCACUGAUUUUCCUUUCUGGUCAAGUUGAGUCAAUGCUUUUGCUUGUGGUCAACAUCAAGAGGCUCGGGACAGGUGGGUAUCAGACUGUCCUUACGGUACGGUGAGCCCCAGGAAUUUAGUUACCCAAGUACUGAGAGGUCAGACAAUGGCAUUUGGGGAAGACCCCAAAUAUCUAUCCCGGCCUACCUCCCAUCUCCAACAAAAUGAAACCACAGUCAAGGUACAUUGGAAGGUUACCUCAAGUGGGCUAGUCAUCGCUAUGAUAACUGAGACCCAGCAGCCUCAAUACCAAGUUCCUAUAUAAAAGGAGGAUGUGGGAAUAUCUAAGAUGGAUGGGUUUCCUUCCGUUUAUAUUCUUAGAACUUUCCUUUAGAUCAGAAGUUCAGCCGAGGAGGAGAGAGGAAGCUUGAGUGACCCCCUCUCCCCACCAACCCCUUGUGAUGAAGUGAUCCAACGUCCCUUCCCAGUCUAAGGUUCUAUGACUCUGUCUGUCUUCCUAGGCUAGCCUUGCCUUGGGAUCCCUAUGUUUCCCCCCUAGUAAUUUGUAUCUCCCAUAUCAUCCCCGAAGGAAACCUUGCUACUGUGGUUACUGUACCUGUGUCCCAGCCUCCCGUGAUCACUCCUGUAACUGCCUGUCCUUUUGUAGGCUUCUGAUGUUUGUAACCAGACCCAACUGUAUCAUUAAACAAAGAUGUUC